AUUAUUGGUUCAAGGUGAGAUUCCCUCCACACCAGCUGGUGGCGGUAUUGCGCAUUUUCAUUGAUUGGUAGUUACCAUAACACAUGAUGAGGAAGAAGACUCCUGGACAUUUCUGUGAAGGAGUCAGCGCGAGGGUCUUAAUAUUGCUGCUGCACCGGAACCAGCAGGAACUCAGGGGAUCCGUCUGACGUCACAUGUUAAAGUGUCUCUCUGUCUGUCUCUCAGUGUGACUCCUCGACUCCUCCUGUCAGCUGCUGUUCACCUUCUUCAUGUGCAGCCUCCUCCGGGCUCCACAAACAUGAGCCCUCUGUCAUAACCGCGGAAUAACCAGACUCACCGUGUACUUCAUUCACCUGCUGGUUAUUACUGGUGACUGUCCGGACCUUUGCUGUUAAAUCUCCGAACUGUCUUGUGAGACCAGACAUGAAACAUUCCUGGUGUCUUUUAAAUACUAAAUAUUUUUUUAUCGGCGUCUUCAGCAGACACACCCUGUCCCAGCUACACACUCACCCGCUGUCUCCUCACCUCCCCUCACCCUGUCAGUGGGUCGCUGCACGCCAAUGACAACUGUAGCAGUCCUUGGAGGGGGGAUCGGGGGGUUGGCAGCGUCGUACUACCUUUGCAAGAGCCCCCAGGUUACCAAGGUCGUACUUGUGGAGGCCAGCAGCCGUUUGGGAGGUUGGCUGUGGUCCACCAGGAGGGCGGAUGGAGCCGUGUUUGAACAUGGACCCAGAGGGAUUCGACCUGCUGGGGCGGUUGGACGCAACACACUCAACAUGGUGGAUGACCUGGGUCUUGCGGGGGAGAUUCUUCCAGUCACCUACAGUCAUGUUGCCUCUAAGAACAGAUAUCUGUAUGUGAAGGGACAGCUCCACAAGAUGCCCUCAGGAAUCAGUGGACUUUUACGGACAGUCCCGCCCUUCUCUCGUCCCCUCCUGUUGAGCGUUGCCAUGGAGAUACUGGUGAAGAAAAGCAAGGAGGACGAUGAAUCUAUCCAUUCAUUUGUUACUCGGAGGCUGGGAAAGGAGUUGGCGGACAUAGCUGUGGACAGUUUGUGUCGCGGCGUGUUUGCAGGGGACUGCAGGAAGUUAAGUGUGCGCUCUUGUUUUCCGGCGCUCUACAACGCAGAGCAGCAUAGAGGUUCCCUGACACUGGGCAUGCUGCUGGGCUCAGGUCCCACUCCUGUGAUUCCCCCUGGCCCACUGGCUCAGAGAUCUAUUAAAGAGUCUUGGGCCCAGUGGUCCCUGAGAAGAGGAGUGGAGUCCCUCCCCGAAUCCAUCACAGACUACCUUCAACAAAGCGGGAGAGUAGAGCUUCACAGAGACGCAGCUGUUAGAAACAUCUGUCCCUCACACUCUGGCUGGAAGAUCAAUUUGGAAGAUGGAGUCAUAUCAGCCGAUCACAUCAUCUCUGCUCUGCCUGCUAAAGCCCUCUCGUCAGCCCUGCCUUCCUCCUGUCAACCUCUCAUCCAGGAGCUGCACGACAUCGCCACGGUAACGGUCGCUGUGGUAAAUCUGGAGUACGACGGUUCCAUCUUGCCUGCAAUGGGUUUUGGUCACCUGGUUCCAUCAUCAGAGGAUCGGGGUUUGCUCGGGGUCGUCUAUGACUCUGUUCCCUUCCCUGAACACAACAGACCUGAUGGGCAGACGACUAGACUGACGGUGAUGAUGGGCGGGGCCUGGUUCCAGGAAGAGUUCGGGGACCCAGAAACAGUGACAGAGGAGCGUCUUCUAGCGAGAGCCACAGAGGCGGUGCACAGCCACCUGGGUGUCACCACAGCACCCAGGUGGAGUUGGGUGGCUCUACAAAGGGACUGCAUACCUCAGUACUAUGAAGGACACUACAGGAGAGUUGAGUCCAUGCGUAGCUUCAUAAGGAAGAAUAAUCUCCCGCUGUCUCUGAUUGGUUCCUGCUAUGAUGGCGUGUCGGUGAAUGAUGUCAUCUUCAGUGGACGGAGAGCUGUGGAGGAUUUGUUGGGGACUGGGGUUUGAUACAGUAGGCAGCACUUCACCAGGAGGAUGCUUUGUGUUGUGAAGGCAGACAGCCAAUAUCACCCAUGUGCCAGCAUCCAUCAUCUUUCUACCCAUAAUGCCUCCUACCUCUCAGGGGCUGCAUCCUUCGGAGGCUGCAUUUGAAGACCUUUUGCGUCACAGCGGCGCAACAAGGCGGUUCCAUUUUAAAGGCUCCUCAGAAUGCAGCCGACAAAUACGUCCUGCCAUUCCCUAGAAACGAAGGAUCCAACGUGUAGAUCUUUCCCAGACAAAUCUAUCCCAGGAUGCAUUGCGCUUCAGUGACAAACUGUUUUUCAAAGAGGUAAUGGCUACUACAAGCAUCUAAUGCUUGAGUAUCAUGCUUCAUCUUAACCAAACAGCUAAUGCUACACUUAGUAAAAAACCAAGGUUCAUUCAAACUUUCUCAUAGCAAUAAGCCUCUUUAGACCGGACCUUCUCAUUUUGGUUCAGCCUUCACGGUCAACUCAGGCCACGAAGGAGGUGGUCUUUGUGGGCCGGGCAGACCACAUCCUCAGAAGGACGCAACCCCUGAAUUGAGACACAGCCUGUUGUAUUGUUGCUGCAGUGGUCUGAUAAGCCUCAUGACUGGUCAGUAUAGACACUGACAGAUAAAGUCCUAUUUCUACUACUGCUGUGUAUAAGAUUGUAUUUUAAUACUGCAGUAUCCAAAUAAAAUGACAGGUUGUUUAAUACAUGCAACGUCACGGUCAAGCACCUGUUUCUGUUCUGAUUCUAGUCCUCAUGAGUUUAUUUAUGUGUUGAUACAUGAUCUUUAUUGCGUCCCAGUACGUGGGAUUUACCUACUGAUGUGACUUGCACUUUAAAUAAAGCCUUGUUGUAACUACAA